CAAGCAUCACCAUAGAACAUGCACUGUAGCUCUAUGCACUGCUCUUCUGUCUUCAUUCAUCACCUGAGCAAAGAGUACAGAAACCUGAAAAGCAGCUCCCAUGGCAUGGCAACUGGAGAAGGAAAUGAUGACUGAAUUAAGAUUCAGUAAAUGAUUACAUAUAGAUAUACCACCGCCCCAUUUUGUGGUGGAUAGCCAAUGUCUCGCCAGAGCAUAGUUACGUGCUGGCAGGGGCAUACAUAUCAAAUGGGAAAAGCAUAAAUAAAGGAGAAAUACAAUCUAUGUAGAAUUAUGAAUGUGAGACUAGUAAUAUAAGGUGGUGCCAGCUAGCUUUUGAAGAAGUAUGAUAGAGACAUUGCUGGGUUUUCCAGAAACUCUGAAAAUGGUUGAGGAAUUGGUGCUGAUCAGGGAAUACAACAAAGAGAGAGAUGCUAAAAUGGUAGGGAAGCUGGAGAUGAGCUGCGAGAACAUUGGGUCAUCAACUGACAUUGACAACGAAAGGGUCUCCAUAUUCGGCAGCAUAAUGGGCGACCCUUUGCGCAGAAUUAGGCUCUAUCCUGUUCAUGUUAUGCUGGUCGCUGAGCUGCAUGGCAAUGGUGAGCUUGUUGGCAUGGUGAGAUGCUGCAUCAAGUCUAUGAAGACUGGUUUGGAAGCGGCAAAUGUGAGAAUGGGCUGCAUCCUUGGCCUUCGAGUCUCUCCUAUACAUCAGAGAAUGGGCAUUGGAACAAAGCUGGUGAAGUCGGCCGAAGAAUGGCUGAUCGGAAAAGGCGCGGAGGACAUCCUGAUCGCCACCCUGAAGAACAAUGUCGCCUCCACGAAUCUCUUCGCUUCCAAAUUUGGCUACGCUGACUUCGCCUCUUUAGUCAUCUUCGUGCAUCACAAGGAACAAAUCCCUCGUCUGCUCCUCGAUCCGUUUCCUGAAAUAAAGGUCGAGAAGCUGCAAAUUGAGCAGGCGAUUUCUCUGUACAACAACAAACUCAGAUCAGGGAACCAGAAACACGUCAUGUACCCGGUCGACUUCGACGCCAUAUUGAAAGCAAACCUGAGCCUGGGGACAUGGAUUUCCUACUUCAACGGCCGCGGCGGUACCGAUACCACUCGACUCCGAUCGACGAUAGUCUUCAGCGUUUGGAAUUCCUGCGAGCCCAAUAAUGCUAUCAAUCAUAAUCGUCGAGUCAAUAAGCGAUUCCAAUUGACUCUCAGUCGAGCGAGGGACAAAUUUCUGCCGUGCCUGAGAUUUCCGAUAAGCGACUCGCCACAGCCGCCGCCGCCGGGCGGGUUUCUUUUCCUCUACGGUAUCUACGGAGAAGGAGAGAGGCAGCAGGAGCUAAUGAGAUCCGUUUGGAGCUUCGUGAUGAAGCUGGGCGAGAAUAUGAGAGGCUGCAAGGCGAUCAUCACCGAGCUUGCUGUGUCGGACCCUUUGCUGGAGUUUGUGCCGAAAGAAUCCUGCUCGUCGUGCGUCGACGACGUCUGGUACUUGAAGAAAGUAGCCGAAGGGAGCGCCGCCGGCGGCGGCGGAGAAGAGGACCAGAAUGAAAGUUUGUCAGGGGAACGGAUAGGGAAUGUGUUCGUUGAUCCCAGGGACUUCUAAGCCUUUUAUGCUAAAUAAAAUUUUAGCUGAUCAGCAAAAAGUCAACGCUGUUAGUCAACCAAAUUGGCUUGCUGCAACGGAUAGGGGAAACCCAUGCACUUAUGCUUAACGCAUUAUGAUUAAUUGGCUGAAUCAAUUAAACGAUCCAUUUCUUUUCCUACGUGGCAUUUUUUUGUACAAAUUUGAAGGUAGUUUGCUAAGAAGUAAAAACAAGCACAGUAUCUACUAGUUAAAGUGCAUGGGUUUCUACAGGCACUUUAAACUCUGGGCUCCGACAAUGCGACAGAUCUUUGCUCAGGUCUCCAUAUGCUUCUCGGCGAUUUAAGCAGCCGAGCUGCGGCCACAGCUUGACUCGGAGACGAAUCCAGAACGAGGUCCAGUUUCGCCGGAUCAAGAGACAACCUUGUUUUGAUGAACGAAUCCAAAUCGAGCCAGCUCAUUCCAUCCUGUUUCACACUGCCUUGUUCAUCAAGCAUGCUAUUGUAGUUGUUAUCCUUGGCUCCUGUUUCUGCUUCCUUCUUGUAGAAGUUCUGGUCCAAGUUCAAGAGCUUCUUUAUGCUGUCGAGUGCUGGAUCAAUGAUGUCGAAGAACCCGGUAACCCAUGAUGAAUCGUCCACAACUUCUGUUCUCUGUAAAAAACGAAAAGGGGGUAAAGAGUUAGUUGCAUCAUUUGAUUUGAAGAGUUCUUGUUUUGGCUCCUGGUAUGAUAUAUGAUGACUGAACCUGUUGGAAGUAAAGGUUGCGGAUUUCUUCAGCACGCACAGCAUUUCCUUGAUCUUCCUCUAGUUUUGCC